UACAGCCUGCUGCCAUCACGGUCGGCGAGCGGCAGCCACGUUCUUUCUCCUGCUUCGCUCGGUUGAGGGAUUCGCGAUGGGGGCAUAUAAGUAUAUGCAAGAAUUGUACCGUAAGAAGCAAAGCGAUGUGCUUCGCUUCUUGCUGCGUGUUAGAUGCUGGCAGUAUCGCCAGUUAACAAAGAUGCAUCGUGCUCCUCGGCCCUCAAGACCUGAUAAGGCUCGUCGUCUGGGCUACAAAGCCAAACAAGGUUUUGUCAUCUUCAGAAUCCGUGUGCGUCGUGGUGGACGCAAGCGUCCGGUUCCCAAAGGAGCAACCUAUGGCAAACCCAAGAGCCAUGGUGUUAAUCAGUUGAAGCCAACUAGAAAACUGCAGUCAGUUGCUGAGGAACGUGUUGGCCGUCGUUGUGGUGGAUUGCGAGUACUGAAUAGCUAUUGGGUGGCCCAGGAUUCCUCGUAUAAAUAUUACGAAGUCGUUUUGGUCGAUCCCGCACACAAGGCAAUCCGUAAUGAUCCGAAGAUGAACUGGAUAUGCAAUGCAGUUCAUAAGCAUCGUGAGCUGCGCGGUAAGACUUCCGCCGGCAGGAGCUCACGCGGUUUAGGUAAAGGACAUCGUUAUUCGCAGACGAUCGGUGGUUCCCGUCGUGCCGCGUGGUUACGGCGAAAUACAUUAUCUCUUCGCAGAAAGCGAUAAUAUUAUUUGUAAUAAUAUAAAAAAUAAAAUUGACGAUACACAAAA